AAACCUUCUUCCCUCCUCCAACGAAGAAGAAAACAGAGUGUCACUGACACGGAGGAAAGAGACUCAACAUCUCAACCAUGGCGAUAACAACCGCACCAACCCUUCUCACCGCCCUCCUCCUCCUCGGUCUGACCUCCGCGGCGUUAUCCGACCACAUGUCCAUCGUCGACCAUACCACCAAAGUCCGGACCGCCUCGGCCCCGAGGACGGACGGAGAGGUCAUGGCGAUCUACGAGCUCUGGCUCUCGAGGCAGGGCAAGGUGUACAACGGCCUCGGCGAGAGAGAGAUGAGGUUCGAGGUCUUGAAGGACAACCUGAGGUUCAUCGACGAGCACAACGAUUCUCAGAACAGGUCGUACAGGUUGGGCCUCAACAAGUUCGCCGACCUGACGAACGACGAGUACCGAGCCAUGUACCUGGGCACGAGGAACGAGGUCCAGCGUCGGGUGAUGAUGUCCAGGAAUGCCAGUGGCCGGUACGCCGUCCGAGCUGGGGAUUGGUUGCCGGACGCCGUGGACUGGCGGUUGAAGGGCGCGGUGAAUCCGGUCAAGGAUCAAGGAAGUUGCGGAAGUUGCUGGGCGUUCUCGACAGUGGCGGCGGUGGAAGGCAUAAACCAAAUCGUGACAGGCAAAUUGAUUUCUCUAUCAGAGCAAGAGCUGGUGGACUGCGAUCGAACAUACAACUCGGGCUGCAAUGGAGGUCUCAUGGACUAUGCAUUCCAAUUCAUCAUCAAGAACGGCGGAAUUGACACCGAGCAGGACUACCCUUACAAUGGCGCCAGUGGCAAAUGCAACGCUUCUAGGGUGAAUUCGAAGGUUGUCACAAUCGAUGGGUAUGAAGAUGUUCCACCCUAUGAGAGCGCACUUAAAAAGGCCGUGGCACAUCAACCGGUUAGCGUCGCCAUUGAAGCCAGCGGCAGGGCCUUCCAAUUUUACCAAUCUGAUGUAUUCACGGGCGAAUGCGGCAAUUCCCUUGACCACGGAGUGAUCGUCGUUGGGUACGGAAGCGAAAACGGAGUGGAUUACUGGAUAGUGAGGAACUCAUGGGGCACCAACUGGGGUGAGGACGGUUACAUCAGGAUGGAACGCAAUGUCGUCGACAACUUCUUUGGCAAGUGCGGCAUCGUGAUGGAAGCCUCGUACCCCACCAAGACCAGCCAAAACCCCGCGAAAUCGGAGUCGAGGACAGUGGCUACGUUAGAAGUCCUCGAAGAGUCUGUUCUGGCAGCUCUGAGCUAAGGGAAAAGAACAAAGUUGAAGAGAUGGUGGGAACUGGGAAGCGCCUCUCUCUCUCUAUCUUAUUUCUCGAAUCCUGGGGAGAUUGUCUUUUUAGAUGAUCUGUUCCUUCUAGGCCUGAAGUUAAGAAGGAAGGAGCAGGCUUUCAUUCUUAGAAUUCGGUGGUCAUUCAUUGUUAUCUUUCGCAACGCUCAUGAGAAUCAAUGUCUUCAUGUUAGUGUUUAUUAAAAA